AUGCAAGUGAUAAGUGCCUUGAGAUGGCAGGCAUUUCUUAUAAGGCCUGGGAUAGAUAAUGGGGUUGCUGAUUUCUUAGCUUCCCUUGCAGUUCAGACUGAGAGGAAUUCUGAAUUCUCUGUCAGUGGUGCUUUGCCACUUGCUGGGAGGUUGAUUCUGCAACAGGAUCAGAGCAGGUUGCCUACUGUCAGAUUAAAGAGAAUGAUUGCGGUCAAAGACAGGGAGUUGGAUGAUGUAUUUUGGUUUCUAAAUUGGGGUCUGUUCAGGGGCAGACGGCUGUAUCUGCCAGUUGGUCUGGUGUCCUAGCAGUCCUUGGAGUUUCAGAAGGUGUUGCCGGUGUUUUAAUUUGUUGG